CGCUCACGCUACCCACUAACCCACCACCACCACUCCACCCCCCCAACCCACCCCCUCCGCGUGUGUGUGUAACUGUGUCGUAUUUGUGGAUAUUUUGAAGGAUACGCGAUGUGGAUAUUUCGCUAAUGGUGGAUAAAUGACGUGAACACCCCAAGAGGUCUUCCCUCGUCCGAACGCUUGGGAGUGGCAGUGGCGUCGGUGUCACGCUGUAUGUUCGAGCGUCACAUCCGGGUCAUCAGCUUAGAAAUACAAGAAAGGAACAAAGUUGAUAAUGCCUCGAUAGCAUAAGGAGAAGCUGCCCCCCCCCCUUGAGUUAAUAACAGACCAUAAACAUUAUAAACAAUCCACUUUAAUCUAACCAAAGGCAAAGCCAACAACAUGGGAUGUGGUCUAAGUUCAGAGGCCGCGGGCGUCUUAUCCAACCCAACAAGCCCGGACGAAGCUCUUGAGUUCGCGCUACGUAAUGGAGACGCUUCAGCCCUCCAGAAGGCCCUCGGCACCCACGCUAAUGUCAACAAGACGUUUAAGGACGACUCAGGCUAUGAGUACACAGCCCUACACAUGGUCGCCAAGCUCGGUACAACUCAGGCUGUGGGUGUCUUGUUGAAGGCCGGGGCGAAUAUCAAGGAGUUUGACAGUGACGGGUUCAGCGCGUUACACAUAGCAGCCAAACACGACAAACCUGACGUUAUAGCUGCCCUGGUGGAGGGGGAGACCAACGUCGACAUGGUCAGCCGAGAUGGAUCAACGCCUCUCAAAGUUGCCAUCAUUAACAACAGUCAUCAAGCCUUAUCCAAGCUGAUCGAGCUGGGAGCGAGUGUCAACGCCACGGCCAACAACACCGAGGCCCCUCUGGUGACGGCAGCCAAGACUAACAACACCACAGCUGUCUUAUCACUUCUGCAGGCCGACGCGCAGUACGAAGGGUUGAUGAUCCCCAUCAUGGACAGCGCAGAGAGCCUCGACCUGCUGACGUGGGCCACCAGGAACGGUCACAAGGAGGUGCAGGAUGCCAUCACGGCCAGGGAGGCGAAGGAUGGAAACCAAGACGACGAAAUGAAGGAGGAGGAGGAGGGGGAGGGGGAGGGGAAGGUCAUCACCAACGAAGAGAAGGAUAAGGACACGGACUCCACGAGAGAGGCGGGUGAUGGUGCAGAGGAGGCGGUGUCGCCAGGGGAGGAGCCUCCUGAUGCAGCCGAGGACCCACCAGCAGAACAGGCACCUGCAGAGGAAGCACCAGUGAACGAUGGUGCUGAAGAAGCGCCAGCAGAAGGCAAGGCAGAGGCGGCCGAGGAGGGAGAAGGGGAGAAGGAGGAGGAAGCGGAAGGCGAUGGCGAUGGUGGUGAUGCUGAUGGUGGUGAUGGUGAUGAUGGUGGUGGUGAUGAUGCUGAAGGUGAUGCCGAGGGUGGUGAUGCCGAGGGUGGUGAUGCCGAGGGUGGUGAUGCCGAGGGUGGUGAUGCCGAGGGUGGUGAUGCCGAUGCUGGUGAUGCCGAUGCUGGUGAAGCCGAGUCUGGUGAAGCCGAUGCUGGUAAAGCCGAUGCUGGUGAAGCCGAGUCUGGUGAAGCCGAGUCUGGUGAAGCCGAGUCUGGUGAAGCCGAGUCUGGUGAAGCCGAUGCUGGUAAAGCCGAUGCUGGUGAAGCCGAGUCUGGUGAAGCCGAUGCUGGUGAAGCCGAGUCUGGUGAAGCCGAUGCUGGUAAAGCCGAUGCUGGUGAAGCCGAUGGUGACGGUGAUGGUGGUGGUGACGGAAAAGGUGAUGGUGGUGGUGGGGGAGACUAAGAGAACAGAUCAUCAGAGAGACGCCCCAUCGUGGUGUGUGUCUCAGCGUCGUGGGGGGGUGUCAUUGUGGCCCAUCGCUCUUUCUCGCGUGGAAGAAUUUGUAUACCGUGCGUCUUAAUGGUGUAAAAAUAUUUAUUAUUAUAUACCAAUAAACAAAAAUGGUACUAAUUAUUACCAUGUGUGUGUGUGUGUGUGUGUCUGUGUCUGUGUGUGUGUGUGUGUGUCUGUGUGUGUGUGUGUGUGUGUGUGUGUGUGUACUGUCGUUUUUUUUUAAGACACACUUACGACCAAAGGGACACCUGACUAUACUUCAUAUGUGACCACCAAACAUUUGACUACCAGCCGCCACAUCAAGUGACCACCAGACACUCAUAACAUACACACAUCCACACAUCUGACUAACCACAACUGUGACUAACAUACAUACGACUAACCACAACCCACACACUCACACUGAAGUAUAAAUGUGAUGUGAUGCCGUGAUGUAGUAGCCAUUUUCUAGAAGUUACUAUUUACUAUAAUUAUGACAGUAAAGUAUAAGACCUGACACAGUUACCUAAUAUUCACGUAUAUUUUGAGAUUCAGAGUUCAAUUACCUUUUAAAUAUGUGACUUUAAUUAGUGUUCUUAUGUAUAAUUACAGGUGUUUUCAGUACAAAUAGGUUAUACAGAGUUUUAUUGUAAGGAAUUAAUCUUUUUUUUUAACGACAGGUUAAGAAACUUGUUAAAAUAUUGAAGAAACAAAAUCAUAUAUUGACUUAAAAUUUCACAAAUAACAAAAACUCUGGUGGUAGAGUUUGUUAAGUGUUAAUGUAUGAAGAGAGAGAGAGAGAGAGAGAGAGAGAGAGAGUCAGCAUAUUUCUCUUUUAAUUACAACUAUGUGUCAGAGUCAUACUGCCUUCCUGUACUAGUGAUAUAAACAGAUACAUUAUAAUAAAGAACUUACUAAG